GAGGCGCCAGAGGCAGCCUGUCCACAGCGAGGACGUCCCACAGCUGAACAAGUCCUAAGACGGCUGCUCACUGAGACGCUUAGUGAAGUUGUCCAGCUCCAGGUCGCUCCUCCAUCUCUCCUCCUCCUCCUCAUCUCCUGCCUGCAGAAGUCAUGGCGGGCGUCGCUCUGCUCCUCAGAGUUCUCCUGCUGCUGCUGAUCGGAGGGACGGUUCUCCUCAGCGGAACCCCGGCACAGAGGAUCAGAGUUCGCCGUCAGAACAUGAAGGUCCGCAUCAACGCCACCGGCGACACCAUCGUCAUGAAGUUUGUGCAUCCGAGCAACGACGUGAAGCUGGAGGGCUUCAUCCUGGGCUACGGCCGGAGCCUCUUCUCCAAACAGAUGAUCCAGCUGCCGGAGAACGGAGAGCCGUACGAGACCGAGCUGGAUGCUGAACCAAAGUACCUGGUGGCCGUGCAGCCAAUCCCAGCCCAGGGCCUGAAGAAGCAGUGCACAGGUAAGGUGAACCUGGAGAAGCCGCUGCACCUGGUCAUCGGCUCCAUCAGCCCCACGGCGGUGCUGCUGUCCUGGGGGAACCACCUGAAGACGCCCUAUGAGAAGAACGUCAUGAACGAGUGCCUGGAGGACGGGUUCUACACCAUUCGCUACAGGGAGCGGAACAGGAAGUGGAUCUACCAGACGUGUCCCACCAGCGACACGGUCAUCGACCAGCUCAAGCCUGACACGCAGUAUGAGUUCGGGGUUCGCUCCAACAAGGAUGAGCGCAGCGGCAUUUGGAGCAAGCCGGUCCUUCACAACACCAACAUGGGCAAUAAAAACGUUCAGAAAACAUACAAGCCGCGCAAGCCUUCAGCAAACCCCACGAAACAUCACAUCCUUCCAGUUGCGGUUCUUCACAACAAGACUCGACUGCAACCAGGUUACAAAAAGCCGGGUAACCCUGGAGCACCACGGACCGUCUUUGAGUCCCCUGAGAGCCAGCAGGAAACUGUCCCUCUGCCCGGCUCUGCUAAGCCUAAACCUACUCCUGAGUCGCCCGAAAAAGGAAACAGUCUUAGAAUCAACAGAACCCGACCUGCAGAUGGUCUGACUCCUGCCCUCCUUACCCUCCUGCCAACCAGCACCCCCCGCGCCUCCACCACCACCACCACCGCCUCCCCUGUAACUAACUCACUGGCCAACGGCGGCCGCACCACUAAGGCCCCCAGUAGAGCGCCUGAGAAGCGUCCUAAUCCUGCGGCCGCCGUCCAGUCUCAGGAUGGCUCCUUGUUGCUGAGAUCAGCGUUAGCCAAUGAACGGGCCAAGCCUAGAACCUGGGGUCAAGGCAGCAGCAGAAAUGUGAGUCCAUCACUGGCUCUGAAAGCCUCCAGCCCAGCAGCGUCCACAGUGUCCAUGAGGCAUGCGUCCAGGACCCCCCUUUACCCCCUCUCUAACGGCUUCAGACAGCUCCACUCUUCUUCUAGAUCCAUAGGCUCCUCCCCGACCUCUGGGAUACUUGGGGCAACCGGACAGCCACAGCGGGGCCUUUCCCCCCCCAAACCGGCCUUAUGGCCCCGAACUCGACUGGGAUCUCCAGUUCGUCCUGCUAUCAACAUCAGGCCAAACGACGUGAGGAAACCAGGAGAAACUGACAAGGUGACGCGCCCUGAGAAGAGCGGAAACCCAGAAACCCUGAAGCAUAAAGUCCAGGUAGUGACGACCAAGCCGACCAAACAGGAGCGGAGACAAACGACUGCUGCACCCACCGCUGUGGCCCGACAGGAAACCUGGGAGGAUUCAGACCUUUUCAAGUCCCAGCCAACCUCUGACGUUGAUGCAAUGGGCAAGAAACGUUAUGUGGCGCCUCACGUGGUCUACCAAACCGGAAAGAAGCCCGACGAGCCGUGCUCCAUCACCUCCUCUCUCAACUACUUCCCUGAAGACGAGCCCGGCGAGGUGAAUGUGACGUCUCCUCCAAAAAGCCCUCCAGCCAACCUGACUGUGGUGACGGUGGAGGGAUGUCCUUCCUUCAUCAUCCUGGACUGGGAGAAACCCGACAACCACACCACCGAAUAUGAGGUCAUCUCAACCGCCAAGGGACCCGACGGAGAACGGGUGUCCAUCCUGACCACCAACCAGACUCACACCGCAGUGGAGAACCUCAACCCUGAGAGCAGUUAUGAGUUCAAGGUGAAGCCAAAGAACGAGCUGGGAGAAGGUCCUCUGAGUGACCCGGUGACCUUCAACACCGAGUCUGCGGAUCCCCGUGUGAGUGAGAACGUCUCAGGCAAAGAUGCCAUCUGGACUCAGUUCCCUUUCAAGACCGACUCCUACUCUGACUGCCAUGGCAAGCAGUACGUGAAACGGACCUGGUACCGCAAAUUUGUAGGUGUCCAGCUGUGCAACUCGCUCAGGUACAAGAUCUACCUGAGCAACUCGCUCAACGGUCAGUUCCACCACAUUGGGGAUCAGAGCGGAUUCGGAGAGGAUCACUGUCAGUUUGUGGAUUCGUUUCUGGACGGGCGAACAGGGAGGCAGCUCAGAGCGGACCAGCUACCCUCCAGAGACGGUUUCUACAGAGCUCUGCGCCAGGAGCCCGUCCACUUCGGACCCAUAGGAGGCCAUUCCCACAUCAACUACGUCUCCUGGUAUGAAUGCGGGAUGCCAAUCCCUGGGAAAUGGUAGACGGACUCUGGUCCGCAGCAGGAUGGGACUCGUUGACCUCCGCUGGGGGGGGGGGGCUUCGGUGGGCCUCCAACCAGCCGGACCUGAGCUUGCUCCCCGGUGCUGUAAAAACAUGUACAGGACUUCCUCAUCAGGGAACUGUAAGGAGAGAGCAUUUGUACAACUAUAGAAGACAUGCCUCCUCUUUACUAUUUAUCACGACCCAGUGCUACAGUGGGGUUAGGAAAGGAUCAAACUUAUAGCAGAUCUAUUUUAUUUUGUGUUAAAUCGUGGGAAGCUGGCUCCCUGGAUUACUAUUUUCAUCACUUGUGAGAUGUUAUUUAUCCAAAGGUCUUUGGUUCCAUUUGUUCAUGAGUGCCGACAGGCAGGAGGUUCUCCAAGGUGUGGGUUCCGUAGCUCCCAUCAUGCUUCACAUCCAUGCGCGCUCUCAGUUCUCCGGUAUAACCAGCCCACUGCUCAGGUGGAGGAUUCACUCCAUGAUGUCGGUUCCUGAAUCAUUCUGAAUCCAGAAUGCUGUAAAUAAGUUCAUUUCUGCUUAUUUUCUCUCUUCACUGAUCCACCGGAUGCAAGAAGUCGUAGCAGCUGUUCUCCAAAGCAGCCAUCAUGCUGCUCUGCCUCUUAGAGCUUUAGCGCCUUUUAGGCUUUGAUGCUGAAAGCCGUUACACAUUGACUGUGUUGGUCUUGUGCGCUUGUAUUUUGCACAGGACAAACGUACAAAGACGUUCUAUGGACAGCGUGUCAGUUAUUUAAAAUGUUUUUGCUCACCCUGGUCCAGGCUUCUUCUUCCUCUCAUGCUAACACAAGGCAGGAAGCUAACGCUGCAGCCGUGUGGCUAGCAGCGCUACGCUAGCUGCCGACUGGCGUUCCUCACCACAGGGUUCCGUCCCAGCAGCUAAAAACUCAUCCAGGCAGGACUAUUUCACAGCUUUAAAUCUUAGUGAGGUAUUUGAUCAAACCCAGAGGAAGCUAACUGCCUCCAUCAGAACCUGUGAUGGGGUCUGACAGGUUAGCUCCCUGCCUGUGAACUUGUUUCCUGUCCUGUGGAGCAUGGAGGCUGAGGAGGCUCUCAUCCGGUGCGGUGGAGUCCCAUAACAGAUGCAGGUCAUUUUUCUACAUGCUGUAGCCAGUCCUGCUGGAGCGUUGCUCUCUGCCCGCUAAACCGUGAAGCUGCAGCCUGGCUGAACUCGUGCAAAGGGCCCGUUAUCAUUAAACAGGAGAAGACAGGAUGUUUUCAUGUGUUGCUGAAGAUUUAUGUGUACAUAUAAAUGUUUUUCCGUAAUAAAGGUCUCUUUUUUUAUAAA